CUUGUCACUUCUCUCCCUCUCCACUUCCCCUUCACUCCUUCUUCACUUUCUUUCACUCUCACAAAAUGACAUCUGUUUGGCAGCCUCACUGAACGAGAUUCUGCUCCCGAUCGCAAGUUGAGAUGCGACCAGAAAAUUGCCGCCGAUAAGCUUCGCUGAUUUUCUGUCUCAACCCCGCAAUUCCAAACCGACCGGAUCAACCCCGAGGAAUCUAUUCUUCAACUUGUCAUCCUCACAUCGCCGUGAUCAUGACGGGCGCAUCCAAACCAGAUGAGGCAGAGCCCGUGUUAUCGACGCUGGAAGGGGCUUCGAACCCGCCGACGCCCAAUGCUGCUGCUGCUGCCUAUCGCUACAAGGCCGAUCUGCUCAACCGCGCCAUUCAAGACAUCGGCAUGGGCAGGUAUCAGUGGCAGCUGUUCGGCGUCAUUGGAUUCGGCUGGGCCAGCGACAACCUAUGGCCCAUCGUCACCUCCCUCAUCCUCGUCCCAGUGUCUUAUGAAUUCAACGUCGCCCGGCCGCCGUUACUGUCCCUGGCCCAAAACAUCGGGCUGCUAGCCGGGUCGCUCUUCUGGGGCUUCACCUGCGAUCUGUUCGGUCGGCGAUGGGCCUUCAACCUGACCAUUGCCAUCACCGCCAUUUUCGGAUUGGUCGCUGCUGGCUCACCGUCUUUCGCAGCCGUGGGCGUCUUCGCUGCAUUAUGGUCCUUUGGCGUUGGCGGCAACCUGCCCGUCGACUCGGCCAUCUUCCUCGAGUUUCUCCCCGGUUCGCACCAGUACCUGCUCACGGUACUAUCAAUCAACUGGGCGCUGGCACAGCUCCUCGCCAACCUCGUCGCAUGGCCUCUGAUCGGCGAAACGACCUGCGCCUCCGCCGACCACUGCACCAAGGCCUCCAACAUGGGUUGGCGCUACUUCCUCAUCGCAAUGGGCGGCCUCGCUCUCUUCAUGUGCCUAGCCCGAUGUCUAUUCUUCAAUCUCUACGAAUCCCCCAAGUACCUCAUGGGCAAAGGCCGCCACGAAGAAUCCGUCGCCGUCGUCCAUGAAGUCGCGCGUCGCAACGGCACCAGCUCCUCUCUAUCCAUAGAUGACCUCCAAGACGACGGACCCAUCUCCAGCAGCACCGAAACAACCACCACCAACACCCCCACCCCAACCCACACAACACCCAACAACGGAGCCCUCGGCGCCCUCGACCAUCUCCGCAUGCGCCUCGAACCACUCUCCGCCCCCUACGUGCGCGCUCUCUUCCGCACCCCGCGCCGCGCCUGGUCCACGACCCUCAUGAUCCUCAUCUGGGCCCUCGUCGGCCUCGGCUUCCCCCUAUACAACAACUUCCUCCCCUACCUGCAGCAAAUGCGCGGGAUCCAAUUCGGCGACGGCUCGACGUACAUCACAUACCGCAACUCGCUCAUCAUCGCCGCGGUCGGCGUCCCCGGCAGCUUAGUCGGCGGAGUGAUGGUCGAGAUGCCUCGGUUAGGACGCAAGGGCACGCUGUGUCUCGCCACACUCUCCUCGGGCGCGUUUUUGCUGGCGUCCACGACGGCGAAGACCUCCGGUGCCCUGUUGGGGUGGAACUGCGCCUACAGUUUCACUAGCAGUUUGCUGUAUGCGGUGCUGUAUGCGUACACGCCGGAGAUCUUCGAGACGCAGUAUCGCGGUACUGGGAAUGCGUUGGUCGGGGGCGCAAAUCGGAUUGGAGGGAUCUUGGCGCCGAUUAUUGCUCUGGUGUCGAAUAUGGAGACAGCGGUGCCGGUAUAUGUUAGUGGGGGGAUGUUUGUGCUGGCGGGGUUGUUGGUCGUGUUGAUACCGUAUGAGACGAGGGGGAGGAUGAGUUUAUAGUUUUUGUUGUUGGGGGUACACAGUGU